AUGUACGUUGAGGGAUACGACACCUCGCAAUCUGGCUAUGAUUUGGUUACGUCUAUGAAAGAACAUUUCGGUUCAUGUGGAGAUGUGUUGCAUGUUUAUAUUCCCGGAUACGGAUACGGAUACGCUAGACCCAAAAUUCUCAACAGAUUUACCUUGAUGUAUGUUCGUGGAGAAGGUGCAGAAGAGAAGGCGUCGAUACUUAACGGAAGUUGCAUGGGAGGACACAAGUUAGUCGUGGAGCCUUACCCGUUUCAUGCCACACACCUUGACCACAAGUUCGCUCCUACGAGAGACGCAGACAAUAAGCAAAUUGACACGAUUUCUGUUGAUGGAUAUGACACUUCGCUUCCCUUGGAGUAUGCCAAGAGCAUGCUGUAUGAAGAACUCACUAAAUGCGGUGGAGAUGGAAGUGUCGAGAGUGUAACUACGUGCGAAGAAGAAAAAAACAAAGCUGUUCUGUGCAGAAGGGCUAUCGUUCGUGUUAGGGGAAUAGACGCAUUAGAGAGGUUGCUUCAACUUUGUGGAUGUGAUCGAAAAGGAUUGGAGGAUAUUAAAAUUUAUCGGGUUGCUCGUCCAUCACAAGAAAAAGGAACCAUGCUCAGUUUUGAUCCCAAGCUUUUUCCAACCUCUCCCAGGAGUAGGGUACCUCAUGAGGAUCCAGGUCUCCCUAGGCCGCCAUGUCUGAGUAAUCUUCUCCCUCCUGCAUGGAAAGGUCGUGUUUUGAAUACAGAGACACGAGCUUCAUCAGCUUUUCCUGCUUCGACAAGCCGCUACGCACCUGAGGAUCCAACUCUCCCUGAGCCAUGGAAAUGUCUUGUGGAUAACAGAACUGGGUAUGGCUACUUUUGGAAUACAGAGACUAAUGUUACCCAGUGGCAGAGACCAUCUUCAGAGACUAAUCCCAACUAA